AUGGAUAUUUACCGGUCAUUUUAUGUGAAAGACGCUUUAUCUGCCGAGAUCUACGGUUCUCUUAUAUUCUUACUCCCGAGAGUCCAACUCACGUUGCAAUGCGAGAAUGGAACGUGGGUCAUCCCAGGGUCGUCGCUCCCGUCUUCCCCAGAGGUCGUGGACGUGGAGUGUGCGCCAGUGUGCCGACCACCGUGCCCAUGUGGGCAGCUGUGUGUGAGUCCCAACACCUGCCGCUGCCCACCCGGUGAAGAGGAAGACGCGGACGCCAAGUGUAGCAAGCCAAGCAACCUACUGGAGGAGGAGGGAGCUGGCUCCUCCCCCUCUGCUGCAGGACACAUCUUUGGUGGAGCUGAGAUGUGGGGUGGCAACGUGGACGCUACGGAGCUCUAUGUGGCCACUGCUUUCGCUACUCCUGCUACGCCGCCCGCGAGCUAUAGCACAUCCACGACGCCCACGAUCUAUGGCACAUCCACGACGCCCUCAACCUAUAACACACACACGACGCCCUCAACAAUUGACACACCAACGACGCUCACAAACUACGGCACACCUACGAUGCCCACAAACUAUGACACACCCACGACUUCCACAAACUAUGGCGGCACAUCUACGACGCCCACAAACUAUGGCACACCCACGACGCCCACAAACUAUAGCAUAUCACCGACGCCCACAAACUAUGUCACACUUACGACGCCUACAAACUAUGGCACAGCCUCGACGGCCACAAACUAUGGCACAGCCUCGACGGCCACAAACUAUGGCACACCCUCGACGGCCACAAACUAUGGCACACCCUCGACGGCCACAAACUAUGGCACAUCACCGACGCUCACAAACUAUGGCAUACCCACGACGCCCACAAACUAUGGCACAUCACCGACGCCCACAAACUAUGGCACAUCACCGACGCCCACAAACUAUGGCACAUCACCGACGCCCACAAACUAUGGCACAUCACCGACGCCCACAAACUAUGGCACAUCACCGACGCCCACAAACUAUGGCACAUCACCGACGCCCACAAACUAUGGCACAUCACCGACGCCCACAAACUAUGGCACAUCACCGACGCCCACAAACUAUGGCACAUCACUGACGCCCACAAACUAUGGCACACCCACGACGGCCACAAACUAUGGCGGCACAUCUACGACGCCCACAAACUAUGGCACACCCACGACGCCCACAAACUAUGGCACACCCACGACGCCCACAAACUAUAGCACAUCACCGACCCCCACAAACUAUAGCACAUCACCGACCCCCACAAACUAUAGCACAUCACCGACCCCCACAAACUAUAGCACAUCACCGACCCCCACAAACUAUAGCACAUCACCGACCCCCACAAACUAUAGCACAUCACCGACCCCCACAAACUAUAGCACAUCACCGACCCCCACAAACUAUAGCACAUCACCGACCCCCACAAACUAUAGCACAUCACCGACCCCCACAAACUAUAGCACAUCACCGACCCCCACAAACUAUAGCACAUCACCGACCCCCACAAACUAUAGCACAUCACCGACCCCCACAAACUAUAGCACAUCACCGACCCCCACAAACUAUAGCACAUCACCGAUCCCCACAAACUAUAGCACAUCACCGAUCCCCACAAACUAUAGCACAUCACCGAUCCCCACAAACUAUAGCACAUCGCCGACCCCCACAAACUAUAGCACAUCGCCGACCCCCACAAACUAUAGCACAUCGCCGACCCCCACAAACUAUGGCACACCCACGACGGCCACAAACUAUGGCACACCCACGACGGCCACAAACUAUGGCACACCCACGACGGCCACAAACUAUGGCACACCCACGACGGCCACAAACUAUGGCACACCCACGACGGCCACAAACUAUGGCACACCCACGACGGCCACAAACUAUGGCACACCCACGACGGCCACAAACUAUGGCACACCCACGACGGCCACAAACUAUGGCACACCCACGACGGCCACAAACUAUGGCACACCCACGACGGCCACAAACUAUGGCACACCCACGACGGCCACAAACUAUGGCACACCCACGCUGGCCACAAACUAUGGCACACCCACGACGCUAACAAACUAUGGCACUCCCACGACGGCCACAAACUAUGGCACACCUACGACGGCCACAAACUAUGGCACACCUACGACGGCCACAAACUAUGGCACACCCACGACGCUAACAAACUAUGGCACACCCACGACGGCCACAAACUAUGGCACACCUACGACGGCCACAAACUAUGGCACACCCACGCUGGCCACAAACUAUGGCACACCCACGACGCUAACAAACUAUGGCACUCCCACGAUGGCCACAAACUAUGGCACACCCACGACGCUAACAAACUAUGGCACUCCCACGACGCUUACAAACUAUGACACACCCACGACGCUAACAAACUAUGGCACUCCCACGACGCCCACAAACUAUGGCACACCCACGACGGCCACAAACUAUGGCACUCCCACGACACCUAAAAAUUAUGAGACACUCACAAACUUUCACUCACCAACACUGCCUGCAAACUACGAAUCGCUUUCACCUCCCACAAGCUAUGGCUCACUCACACCGCCCACAAGCUAUGACUCGCCAAUACCGCCCACAAGCUAUGACUCGCCCACACCGCCCACAAGCUAUGACUCGCCCAUAUCGCCCACAAGCUAUGACUCGCCCACACCGCCCACAAGCUAUGACUCGCCCACACCGCCCACAAGCUAUGACUCGCCCACACCGCCCACAAGCUAUGACUCGCCUACACCGCCCACAAGCUAUGACUCGCCCAUAUCGCCCACAAGCUAUGACUCACCCACACCGCCCACAAGCUAUGACUCGCCCACACCGCCUACAAGCUAUGACUCAACCACACCGCCCACAAGCUAUGACUCGCCCAUACCGCCCACAAGCUAUGACUCGCCCAUACCGCCCACAAGCUAUGACUCACCCACACCGCCCACAAGCUAUGGCUCACCCACACCGCCCACAAGCUAUGAUUCAACCACACCGCCCACAAGUUAUGACUCGACUACACCGCCCACAAGCUAUGACUCGCCCACAAACUAUGAUUUACCCACAAACUAUGACUCACCCACAAACUAUGACUCUCCCACAGUCUUUGAUUCACCCACAAACUUUGACUCGCCCACAAACUUUGACUCGCCCACAAACUUUGACUCACCCACAAACUUUGACUCACCCACAAACUUUGACUCACCCACAAACUAUGACUCACCCACAAACUUUGACUCGCCUACAAACUAUGACUCACCCACAGUCUUUGAUUCACCCACAAACUUUGACUCGCCCACAAACUUUGACUCACCCACAAACUUUGACUCACCCACAAACUUUGACUCGCCCACAAACUUUGACUCACCCACAAACUAUGACUCACCCACAAACUAUGACUCGCCCACAAACUUUGACUCGCCCACAAACUAUGACUCGCCCACAAACUUUGACUCACCCACAAACUAUGACUCACCCACAAACUUUGACUCACCCACAAACUAUGAUUCACCCACAAACUAUGACUCACCCACAAACUUUGACUCACCUACAAACUAUGACUCACCCACAAUCUUUGAUUCACCCACAAACUUUGACUCGCCCACAAACUUUGACUCGCCCACAAACUAUGACUCGCCCACAAACUAUGACUCACCCACAAACUAUGACUCACCCACAAACAAUGACUCACCCACAAUCUUUGAUUCACCCACAAACUAUGACUCACCCACAAUCUUUGAUUCACCCACAAACUUUGACUCGCCCACAAACUUUGACUCGCCCACAAACUAUGACUCGCCCACAAACUAUGACUCGCCCACAAACUAUGACUCACCCACAAACUAUGACUCACCCACAAACUAUGACUCACCCACAAACUAUGACUCGCCCACAAACAAUGACUCACCCACAAACAAUGACUCACCCACAAACAAUGACUCACCCACAAACAAUGACUCGCCCACACCGCCCACAAGCUAUGACUCACCCACACCGCCCACAAGCUAUGACUCGCCCACACCGCCCACAAGCUAUGACUCAACCACACCGCCCACAAGCUUUGACUCAACCACACCGCCCACAAGCUAUGACUCAACCACACCGCCCACAAGCUAUGACUCAACCACACCGGCCACAAGCUAUGACUCAACCACACCGCCCACAAGCUAUGACUCAACCACACCGCCCACAAGCUAUGACUCAGCCACACCGCCCACAAGCUAUGACUCAGCCACACCGCCCACAAGCUAUGACUCAGCCACACCGCCCACAAGCUAUGACUCAACCACACCGCCCACAAGCUAUGACUCAACCACACCGCCCACAAGCUAUGACUCAACCACACCACCCACAAGCUAUGACUCAACCACACCGCCCACAAGCUAUGACUCAACCACACCGCCCACAAGCUUUGACUCAACCACACCGCCCACAAGCUAUGACUCAACCACACCGCCCACAAGCUAUGACUCAACCACACCGCCCACAAGCUAUGACUCAACCACACCGCCCACAAGCUAUGACUCAACCACACCGCCCACAAGCUAUGACUCAACCACACCGCCCACAAGCUAUGACUCAACCACACCGCCCACAAGCUAUGACUCAACCACACCGCCCACAAGCUAUGACUCAACCACACCGCCCACAAGCUAUGACUCAACCACACCGCCCACAAGCUAUGACUCAACCACACCGCCCACAAGCUAUGACUCAACCACACCGCCCACAAACUAUGAUUUACCCACAAACUAUGACUUACCCACAAACUAUGACUCAACCACAAUCUAUGACUCGCCCACAAACUUUGACUCACUCACAAUCUAUGACUCACCUACAAACGUUGACUCGCCUACAAACUAUGACUCACCCACAAACUAUGACUCACCCACAAUCUUUGAUUCACCCACAAUCUUUGACUCGCCCACAAACUUUGGCUCACCCACAAACUAUGGCUCACCCACAAACUAUGGCUCACCCACAAACUAUGGCUCACCCACAAACUAUGGCUCACCCACAAACUAUGGCUCACCCACAAACUAUGGCUCACCCACAAACUAUGGCUCACCCACAAACUAUGGCUCACCCACAAACUAUGACUCACCCACAAACUAUGACUCACCCACAAACUAUGACUCGCCCACAAACUUUGACUCGCCCACAAACUUUGGCUCGCCCACAAACUAUGGCUCACCCACAAACUAUGGCUCACCCACAAACUUUGACUCACCCACAAACUUUGACUCACCCACAAACUUUGACUCGCCCACAAACUUUGACUCGCCCACAAACAAUGACUCGCCCACAAACUUUGACUCGCCCACAAACAAUGACUCGCCCACAAACAAUGACUCGCCCACAAUCUUUGACUCGCCCACAAACAAUGACUCACCCACAAACUAUGGCUCACCCACAAUCUUUGACUCGCCCACAAACUAUGGCUCACCCACAAACUAUGGCUCGCCCACAAACUAUGGCUCACCCACAAACUAUGACUCACCCACAAACUAUGACUCACCCACAAACAAUGACUCACCCACAAACAAUGGCUCACCCACAAACUAUGGCUCACCCACAAACUAUGGCUCACCCACAAACUAUGGCUCACCCACAAACUAUGGCUCACCCACAAACUAUGGCUCACCCACAAACUAUGGCUCACCCACAAACUAUGGCUCACCCACAAACUAUGGCUCACCCACAAACUAUGGCUCACCCACAAACUAUGGCUCACCCACAAACUAUGGCUCACCCACAAACUAUGACUCACCCACAAUCUUUGAUUCACCCACAAACUAUGACUUACCCACAAACUAUUACUCACCCACAAUCUUUGAUUCACCCACAAACUAUGACUCGCCUACAAACUUUGACUCACCCACAAACUUUGACUCGCCCACAAACUAUGACUCACCCACAAACUAUGACUCACCCACAAACUAUGACUCACCCACAAACUAUGACUCACCCACAAACUAUGACUCACCCACAAACUAUGACUCGCCCACAAACUAUGACUCGCCCACAAACUAUGACUCACCCACAAACUAUGACUCACCCACAAACUAUGACUCACCCACAAACUAUGACUCACCCACAAACUAUGACUCACCCACAAACUAUGACUCACCCACAAACUAUGACUCACCCACAAACUAUGAUUCAUUCACAAACUUUGACUCGCCCACAAAUAGUGACUCACCCACAAACUACGAGUCACCCACAAACUAUAAUUCACCGAGAAAUAAUGACUCACCCAGUAACUAUGGCUUACGCAUAAACUAUGACAUGCCCGCAAACUAUGACUUACGUAUAAAUUAUAAUUCACGCAUAAAUUAUGACUUACCCAUCAAUUAUGACUCACCCACAGACUAUGACUCACACAUAAAUGAUGACUCACCCACAAAGGCUAUCAGAAUCAUCACUAAAAGGUCCGCCAACAUUGCCUGCCCGAGGACCUACCCAUCUGUGACUCACGCUACAAUCAGGGGCGGCGAGCUGCGUUGCCUGCGAGGCUACGCCCUGAGCGACGGGCGUGUGGUGGCCCAGCUGGCGUGUAUAAGAGGCGCCCUCCUCAUCCUGCUCCUCCUCCUCCGCAGGGCCAACGGGACGCGGGUGGAGUGCGCCGAGGGGUACCAACUUCCCGCUGGGGAAACUUUCUACGAGCUUGCGUGUUUGGGUGAGAUGUGGACCUCCCCGUGGGGAGCGACCGACCUGCCCGCCUGUGAGCCCCAGUGCCGGCUUCCCUGCCUCUUCGGGGGCACCUGUGUGGCCCCCGACACCUGUCUCUGCCCCCCGGGGCGCACAGGUCCCACCUGCGAGGGCACCACCUGCGCCGGUCAUCCGGGGACAGUCUUCAACGCCCACUUUGCUAUCAGGGUUGCUCUAGUAAUUUGUAUGGUCAAAAUUUGCUCUAGUAUACUCUGUGGAUUCGGCCCCCCACCCUUUGUUUCCAUCGUCAUCAUAGCGGAUGCCAUGAGAGCCGAGCCCACUUAG